AUGUGGGAUACACUCAUUUCAUUCAGUUAUCCAGUUUUUGUGCUUCAAAGAUUCAAAUCAAACAAGUCAGAGGGUAAUUCCAUUGAACCAGCUCUCUCGACCAAUCCUUCAGUUUCCAGUGUAAAUAUUUCUGGUGAGAGUAGUAUUCGAAAGAUUUUACUGAAUGAAAAGUGGAAUAAUCUCUUUCUGAAAUUCGCAGAGAAAUCCUUCUCAUGUGAAGAUGUCAUGAUGUGGAAUGCCAUUGAGAAAUUCAAAGCAAUCAAAUCAGAAAAACAAAGAAGAGAAUUAUUUUACAAUAUUUGUAAUACAUAUAUUCGAAUUGGAGCUCCUCUUGAAUUAAACAUUUCAAGAAAGGAUUUUGGAAUUCCAGAAAUUAUGGACAUUUAUCAUGCAUUAAAGGAGAGUAACAUUAAUUUUGCCUCAAAGAAUGGAAAUGUUUCUCCAAAGGUUUCGAAUAACAAUGCAAAGGUUGACCCAAAUAAUUUGUUAUUCUCAAUAACAUCUGAAAUAUUCAACAAGAUUCAAACUGCUUGUGAACACAACAUGUUGGAUAAUUAUACUCGUUUCCAAGCAUCGUAUGAGAAACAAUUGGAAAAGGAAUUGGAUAUCGUAGCCAAGCUUAAAGUGUAA